AUGUUGGUUCUCAUCUCCCAACAAUGCCUCAAAAUCUUCACCCUGCCCAUCUAUGUGCUUGCCUAUUUUGGCUUAUGGGAUCCUAUUUGCAAAAGAACUUUCCCAUUUCUUAUGAACCAGUACAGCAAAUUCUAUAAUAAAAAACUCCACAAGGAAAAGGAAAAGCUGUUCCAGAACAUGCGGGACUUUUCCGAUGCCUCGGGAAAUCUCCACCUGCUAGAGAUUGGCGUGGGCUCUGGCUCCAACUUUAAGUUUUAUCCCCCCAACUCUCACGUGACCUGCUUGGACUACAACCCCAACUUUCAAAAUUUCAUCCUGGAGAGCAUGGCUCAGAACACGCACCUCCAGUUCGAGAAUUUUGUGGUCGCCUCCGCCGAGAACAUGACUUCAGUGUCGGACAACUCUGUGGACGUGGUGGUUUGCACGCUCGUGUUUUGCUCUGUGAAGAGCAUCCAGGCUGCCUUGAAGGAGAUCCAGCGAGUGCUCAGACCGGGUGGUGCAUUCUAUUUCAUGGAACAUGUAGCAGCUGGCAGAUCAACCUGGACCUACUUCUGGCAACAAGUCUGUGACCCUACUUGGAGAUAUAUAGGAGAUGGGUGCACCUUGUUAAGAGAGACCUGGAAAGAUUUGGAGAAUGCGGGGUUUUCUAAACUGAACUUGCAACACACCAUAUGCCCGAUUUUCCCCUAUCUAAUUCGUCCUCAUAUUAAUGGAUAUGCUGUGAAGUAA